UCCGGCACAUUGACCUUUUUUCGAUCGGGAAUCUCAAAUUCCUGAGUUGCAUAGAUAAGUUUUCAAAAUUUGCCAAACUUUUCCCGAUAGAAUCAAAGUCAGCUGUCCAUCUCCGCGAGAAGCUGACCGAAGUGCUGCAAGUCUGCGCAGAACCCUCAUUUUUAACUAACGGAAAGUUGUGGACAUUCGGUACAAGCUGAUGCUCCUCUAUCCGACGAUCACUGAGAGGUGGUGCUAGAGUAUCACAGGAUGGCGAUGGACACACAAGAAACCUAUGCGGUAUUGGGAAACUGCCUCUCCAUCGGAAAUACGACCGUUUGCCAGGAAAAAAAACUUAUGAAAACUAGACGAGGCCAGCUGCAUUCCCAGGCUCUUAAAAGGAGGACACGCUUUCUGCGAUCACCUGAGAAACGACAAAGAAAUAGUGGAGUUGGUCGACGACGGCACUCUGUUCCUGACGAACUUCAACGGAACGGUCAUAGCGGACUCUGGGAAGCGUUACCUACUGGGAUCGUAUAUAAUCCAGUACGAUAACGAGACCGUUCACAUCGGGACCACGUCUUACAGCAGCUAUUUGACAUAAAUGUGAUGGCCAUGCCGGCCGUACUGAGCUAAGUAACCGCCACUGGAUACCAGUUCACGAUUUUAGCCUGCAGAACUUAAGAAAACUAAACAAUAUCUAACAACUUUUUAUUCUCGAUCCUAACAGAAGCAGCGACGAUCCUCGGUUUCGCCUUGUUACUAUACAUCGCAUGGAGAAAAAUAACUUCCACCAAGGGCAUUCCAACGCAUUGAGGCACCGUCGAACUGGAGGCGUACACCAUCAGUGCGGCCCCCAUGAAGAGAUGCUGAUCUGCGCACCGACUACCAGCCUCCGCGCCCGUGCUGACUCGGCACAACAAUAUCCGCCGGCCAACAUGCACCGACCGGGCACCGACCCACUGGACCGGGCACCAACCUACUUGCCCCGCCAGCCUGCUGACUGCUCACCGUGCAAGUGGAGUACGGUGGGAAAUGCAAGAUCGGCAAAAGCUGACACUGACGCUGACGCAGUCGUCGACACCAAACCACCGAGGGCUGAUGGUAACAGAAGAGAGAAUGUACCGACACUCUGGAUUUGACAGCGAAUUACUUGGAAUUGACGGAAAGCUUGGGACCUAACUCUCUGGACUACCGAGGAUUUAACUCCGUCAUGACUAAGUAUUGAACAGGUCAAUAAAUACCAUUUUUAAUUU